UUGUUUUCUGUACCCCGACAUAUUAACAUAUACUCUACACCGUCAUAUUCACAUAUUCUGCACCUCUUCAUAUUCACAUAUGCUGUACCUCCUCAUAUUCACAUAUUCUGUACCUCCUCAUAUUCACAUAUUCUGUACCUCCUCAUAUUCACAUAUUCUGUACCUCCCCAUAUUCACAUAUUCUGUACCUCCUCAUAUUCACAUAUUCUGUACCUCAUCAUAUUCACAUAUUCAGCACCUUUCAUAUUCACAUAUUCUAUACCCUCUCAUAUUCACAUAUUCUUUACCUCCUCAUAUUCACAUAUUCUAUACCCUCUCAUAUUCACAUAUUCUUUACCUCCUCAUAUUCACAUAUUCUAUACCCUCUCAUAUUCACAUAUUCUUUACCUCCUCAUAUUCACAUAUUCUGUACCCUCUCAUAUUCACAUAUUCUUUACCUCAUCAUAUUCACAUAUUCUAUACCCUCUCAUAUUCACAUAUCUCAUAUUCACAUAUUAUUCAUAUUCACAUACCUUUACCUCCCUCAUAUUCACAUAUUCUAUACUCUCUCAUAUUCACAUAUUGUUUACCUCCUCAUAUUCACAUAUUCUAUACCCUCUCAUAUUCACAUAUUCUUUACCUCCUCACAUUCACAUAUUCUAUACCCUCUCAUAUUCACAUAUUCUUUACCUCCUCAUAUUCACAUAUUCUCAUACAUAUUCUUUAACCUCCUCAUAUUCACAUAUUCUAUACCCUCCUCAUAUUCACAUAUUCUUUUACCUCCUCAUAUUCACAUAUUCUAUACCCCUCCUCAUAUUCACAUAUUCUUUACCUCCUCAUAUUCACAUAUUCUAUACCUCCUCAUUCACAUAUUCUGUACCCUCUCAUAUUCAUAUUCACCUCCUCAUAUUCACAUAUUCUGUCUCAUAUUCACAUAUUCUUUACCUCCCUCAUAUUCACAUAUUCUAUACCCUCUCAUAUUCACAUAUUCUUUUUUACCUCCUCACAUUCACAUAUUCAUGGCCCACAUAUUCAUGUACCCUCUCAUAUUCACAUAUUCUUUACCUCCUCAUAUUCAGAUAUUCUGUACUCUCUCAUAUUCACAUAUUCUUUACCUCCUCAUAUUCACAUAUUCUAUACCCUCUCAUAUUCACAUAUUCUUUACCUCCUCAUAUUCACAUAUUCUGUACCCUCUCAUAUUCACAUAUUCUUUACCUCCUCAUAUUCACAUAUUCUAUACCCUCUCAUAUUCACAUAUUCUUUACCUCCUCAUAUUCACAUAUUCUAUACCCUCUCAUAUUCCCAUAUGCUGUACCCUCUAAUAUUCACAUAUUCUUUACCUCCUCAUAUUCACAUAUUCUGUACUCUCUCAUAUUCACAUAUUCUUUACCUCCUCAUAUUCACAUAUUCUAUACCCUCUCAUAUUCACAUAUUCUUUACCUCCUCAUAUUCACAUUUCUUUACCUCCUCAUAUUCACAUAUUCUAUACCCUCUCAUAUUCACAUAUGCUGUACCCUCUCAUAUUCACAUAUUCUUUACCUCCUCAUAUUCACAUAUUCUUCUCUCAUAUUCAUAUUCUUCCUCAUAUUCACAUAUUCUGUACCCUCUCAUAUUCACAUAUUCUUUACCUCCUCAUAUUCACAUAUUCUAUACCCUCACAUAUUCACAUAUUCUUUACCUCCUCAUAUUCACAUAUUCUAUACCCUCUCAUAUUCACAUAUUCUUUACCUCCUCAUAUUCACAUAUUCUAUACCCUCUCAUAUUCACAUAUUCUGUACCCUCUCAUAUUCACAUAUGCUGUACCCUCUCAUAUUCACAUAUUCUUUACCUCCUCAUAUUCACAUAUUCUAUACCCUCUCAUUUUCACAUAUUCUUUACCUCCUCAUAUUCACAUAUUCUAUACCAUAUUCACAUAUUCUUUUACCUCCUCAUAUUCACAUAUUCUGUACCUCUCUCAUAUUCACAUAUUCUUUACCUCCUCAUAUUCACAUAUAUUCUGUACUCUCUCAUAUUCACAUAUUCUUUACCUCCUCAUAUUCACAUAUUCUAUACCCUCUCAUAUUCACAUAUUCUUUACCUCCUCAUAUUCACAUAUGCCCUCUCAUAUUCACAUAUUCUUUUACCUCCUCAUAUUCACAUAUUCUUUACCUCCUCAUAUUCACAUAUUCUUUACCUCUCAUAUUCACAUAUUCUUUACCUCCUCAUAUUCACAUAUUCUAUACCCUCUCAUAUUCACAUAUUCUGUACCUCCUCACAUUCACAUAUUCUCUACCCCCAACAUUUUAUAUUCUUCUCUUCCCCUCUAUCAAUCUUUCUUUUUAUCUAUCCCUCUUUCUCUCACUCGCGCGCGCGCUUUCUCUUGUCCUUACUUGCUUUAGUUCAUCUCUACUUUUGACCUCCUGUCUCUUCUCUCUCUUCUUUGUUCCCUUUAUUUUUCUUUGA